ACGAGAGCUAGCUGAAUGCAUGGAAUUCUUCCGCAACCGUGGCGACGCUGCACAGUGGACACCCUGGAUGGGCAUCGGCAUCUUCUUUGACGGGGGCCGCCCGAUCUGCGACCUGGUAAGCGAUCCCUUGUUACUCGCUGCCCGCUGCCCGCUGAAUCGCGGCUGCUGCCCUCGCGGGGGAGCCUCAACACCGCCGCCAGCGACCAGCCCCCUCACUCUUCACCCGCGCGGCGCCCUCCACCACGCUUCACACAGCAGCCCUCGCCCACCCGCUCCCCCUAUGCCCCGCGCGCCCGCCGCCUGCGCUUCAAUUCCUCCGCCAGCAGCCCUGUAGCCGCCCAUUGUCGCCUGCGCUGCCUCCCGCUGAAGACCCCCGCGGCGAUCACGUCGAGCCAGGGCGUGGCAGCAUUCCUCCACCGCCGCUCUUAUGCCGACUCUCGGAUUCCUCAAGAAGAAGCGGACGAAGGACUCGACGGGCUCCCGAGAGCUCGACUCGCCGACGUCGCCCAUCAAAGACGGCUCGCCCAUCACCCCGACCUCCUCCAAGAACCGCGGCUCCGUCAUUAGCAAGGCCUCGACCAAGGAGGACGCCCACGCCGCCUCGCACAGCACCCAGGCCUCGAAGGCGCCCUCCCACAAGCCCGCCGACUCCAUGAACCCCUCCACCUACCCGCAGCAGGCCUACGCGACCCCGCAGUCAUCUCCGGAGCCCUAUCAGCAGACAUCGCACAAUGUCCCGAGCAUACAGAACCUGAUACACCCGUCCAACAACCAGUCCACGAACCACCAGUACCAGAACCAGCAGCACGCCAGCAAGCCCGCCAAUGGCGGCGUGCAGCAGUCACAGCCCGCGCCGCAGCAGGUGCGCGUCACAAAGGGCAAGUACACGCUCGGCGACUUCGCCAUCCAGCGGACCCUGGGCACCGGCAGCUUUGGGCGCGUCCACCUCGUGCAGUCCAAGCACAACCAGCGCUUCUACGCCGUCAAGGUGCUGAAGAAGGCCCAGGUGGUCAAGAUGAAGCAGGUCGAGCACACCAAUGACGAGCGCCGCAUGCUGCAGCAGGUCAAGCACCCGUUCCUGAUCACUCUGUGGGGCACCUUUCAGGACUCAAAGAACCUGUACAUGGUCAUGGACUUCGUAGAAGGCGGCGAGCUCUUCAGCUUGCUGCGGAAAUCCCAGCGAUUCCCCAACCCCGUCGCCAAAUUCUACGCUGCUGAGGUCACCCUCGCGCUCGAUUAUCUACACGCGCAGAACAUCAUCUACCGCGACCUGAAGCCCGAGAACCUGCUGCUGGACCGACACGGACAUCUGAAAAUCACCGACUUCGGUUUUGCAAAAGAGGUCCCCGACAUCACCUGGACCUUGUGCGGGACGCCUGACUACCUUGCGCCCGAGGUCGUCGCAUCAAAGGGGUACAACAAGUCCGUGGACUGGUGGUCGCUUGGCAUCCUCAUCUUCGAAAUGCUGUGCGGCUUCACGCCUUUCUGGGACGGCGGCUCGCCCAUGAAGAUUUACGAGAACAUCCUAAAGGGGCGCGUAAAAUAUCCGCCGUAUAUCCACCCGGACGCCCAGGACCUGCUCCAGAAGCUCAUCACGCCCGAUCUGACCAAGCGGCUUGGCAAUCUGCACGCCGGAAGCAAAGACGUGAUGAACCACCCCUGGUUUGCGGAGGUGACGUGGGAGAGGCUGCAGAAGAAGGACAUCGAUGCGCCGUAUGUGCCCCCGGUUCGGGCCGGUGUCGGAGAUGCCAGCCAGUUCGACAAGUAUCCUGAGGAGACUGAGGCAUACGGACAGAGUGGCGAAGACCCACAUGGUCACCUGUUCCCCGACUUCUGAUCGAAUCCCGCUGCACGCAGCCAUUCUCCGAAUCGGGCACUCUCCACAGCGAGGUACCGCGGUCCACUUCUCCUCGCCGCAUCAUUACUUACGGCAUC